CCAUCCUUGCCUGAACCAUGUGAUGAGUGGAAUACGAACUUUCUCUCUUCAAAACCAGAUCAAUCAAUGUUGCUAUGACUUGCCAAAUUCUGAAAAGAGUAGUACUAUCUAGCUACUAGGCAGGUGGUGCUGUUGCUGCUGCUCCGCCGCCUUCUCUCCUCCCCUCAGCCCAGCCUGCCUGCUAGGAAAUGACCUAAGAGGAAACCCUCCGGGUUGGCAGGCAAUGGAACGAGUCUGUCUUCCAGGAGUCGCUGCUGCCUGACACCAAAGAGGGUGCAAAGUAAGAGCAGCAGCUGGGAGUGAGUCUUUGCCUGCUCGGGCCAGCUGGGCGCUUUUGUUGGUGGCGGGACGAAUAGACGAAGGAUGCCCAUCCUGCAUUUGCAUUCCAUGCUUGAGUUGCUGCCCUUCCUGCUCCUGCUGCUGCUCUUCUUGGCUGUGGGGUUUUUCCUGAUCUACCUCCGACCCGACCCAGAAACCAAAAAGAACUAGAGCGGGUGGGGGUUGGGCGCUGCUCUCCGUCCUCACCCAUCUAAAGAUGCAGCAGGCGCGGCUCCCGUCCUGAAAGAGGAAAGGGAAGGUGGAAGCCCACAAGUCAAAGCAGUUAACACUAACUCAGCUGCUUCCCUGACCCAACACCACUGAAGCUGGGAAAGAGAUGGGAGACACAGGCAAAGAAGAGUAUAAAAUACACACGUUUGAUACCGAGAUUCAGCAGUUACUGAAAACAGCCCUCAAAGAUCCCAGCAGUGUGGACCUGGAGAAAGUGGCCAACGUAAUUGUGGAUCAGUCCCUCAAAGACUGUGUGUUCAGCAAAGAGGCAGGUCGCAUCUGCUACACCAUUAUCCAGACGGAGAGCAAACAAGUUGGCCAGAGUGUCUUCCGGCGGGGCCUUCUCAACCGACUUCAGCAGGAGUACAAGGACCGUGACGAACUGCGAGCCCGCUCCCUCCAGGCCUGGAUCUGCUAUGUCACCUUCAUCUGUAACAUCUUUGAUUAUCUGAGGGUAAACAACAUGCCUAUGAUGGCCUUGGUGAAUCCAGUUUACGAUUGCCUGUUUCGACUGGCACAGCCUGAUAGCUUGAGGACAGAAGAAGAGGUGGACUGUCUGGUGCUGCAGCUACAUCGCAUUGGUGAACAGCUUGAAAAGAUGAAUUCCCAGAGGAUGGAUGAGCUCUUCUCCCUCCUGAGAGAUGGCUUCCUCCUCCAGGAGGGUCUCAGCUCUCUUUCUCAGCUGCUACUGCUGGAGAUCAUAGAGUUCCGGGCUGCCGACUGGAAGAUGACUGACGCAGCCCAGAAAUACUACUACAGUGAGGUCACGGAUUGAAAAGGCAAUUGCUGUCACCAGCUAUUGUUACCCAGAGGCAGAGUCUGAAUUUCCACUCUGACCCCCUUCACCAGCAAAACAAACAAAAAAGCGGCAACUAUUUUUCUUAAUGCUUUUUCUAGCACUUUUUUUGUAUAUAGAAUGUAUAAUGUGUGCUCCCUCAAUAGUUCUUUUGUGCUGAGUAACUCCUGGCUGAAACUGAGGGCAGCUGAGGCCAGUGUGAUUUGGGAGCAAAAGAAUAGCAUUCUGGAACUGCUGCUUCCAUUGUGUUGCACUAAAUGGGGACCUGUAUUAAUCACUGUCACAAACCCAACUGGCGUCUUACACAACAACAAAUAUUUAUAUACCGCUUUUCAACAAAAGUUUCCAAAGUGGUUUACAUAGAGAAAUAAUAAAUAAAUAAGGCUAUUGCCUUUCCUAAAGGCUUACUAGUAGGUUGAUUUUAAUGUUUGUAAACGAAAACCAAAAGUCACCGUUUUGAAACCGGCCAAAUAGUAAUCCUAAAAUAACAGUCCCUGAAAAUAUGUUUGUAUGUAAUAUACAUCUCCGCUCUGUAUCUGGCAAAUUGCUAAACAUAUUAAGCUGCCUUAUGCUGAAUCAGACCAGUGGUUCAUCUAGCUCAGUAUAAUUUAUUCUGGCUGGCAGUGGAUCACUGCAGAUGCCAGGGACUGAACCUGGAGCCUUCCACAUGUAAAACAUGUGCUCUACCACUGAGAUAUGGUCCCUCUUCCCCACCCCCCAUGUCUCUUGAUCUUCCAUAGCUGACCUCAGUUUGCCCUUUGGUGGAGAAAGGAAGGUAAUUGUAUACUCAAAGCACAGACAUAAAUGUUGGUUUUCUACUUUGUAAGCCACUUUGAAUGCUUUCAGGAAUCAAUUUUCCCUCCUGUUUGUACCAGCAGUCACUAUGAGGCAUGAUGUCUGGACAUUUUGACCAGUUUUGAAAUCAAAAGAUGCUUGAUUUAGAAUGUGCCAGCUUUUCUUCCACUAAGCUCCAAUGAUAGAGUUGCACAUUUUAACCAUGCUUCCUAAUUCUGUUCCUUCAGCUGAUAGUGGGGGGAAAUAGGCAGACUUUCUAAUCACUUCCAGCUUGCAUGCAUGAGUGGAAAUAUUUUUGUAGCAGCUUAGCAUUAGACUAAAAAUUAAAAUUGGCCCAAAUGACAUCACUGGGAUAGCAAGGAGUGCUGUCCCUUUCCCUUGCCACAGAAAAGCAAGAUGCCCAAGAGCUGAGAUUUCCUGUAUAGAAAGAGCAUUCAGAAAUUUGUGAUAUAGCCUUCCAGCACUGUAUUGUUUCAGGCUAUAAGUGUGUGUGCCAGGCUGAAUGCUGCUGAUGCAAAUAAAACAUCCCAGCCUGAAUGCAGAAAACUCGCACAGCUGGAAAAAGCCAAGGCUAGAACCCUUCACCCUACCGUGCUAGACUUUCACAAAAAGGAAGUUUUUGACAAGAGAUAAUUCUAGCAUGUCAUCCUCCAUUGGCAGUCUGAAGUGCUAGUCCUAGGAGGGCUGUGCCAUGCAGCGUGUCUGAAUAUGUUGCUUAAUUCUUUCUUACUUGGAAGCAAGCUCCAUUGAAAUCAAGGGCUCUUAUUGCCAAUAAAUAUAUUUAGAAAAUAUAUAUUUAUAUAUUUCCCAGACUGGGAGAAACAACCACCAUCACCUGUUAAAUUGCUUAGGAUUUUAGAUUCCUAAAGGCUUCAUAAAAACCCAGAGCUUAAGGAACAAACCUGUAUGACUGUGGUGUGGCUUACAGUCAUAGAGCAUUAGGGACUGCAAAAGCUGCUGCCUAACUAUUGGCUCUAGAAGUGGUGCUUUGCACUUCUGCAAAGGCAUGUCGGAAUUUAUAGAUUUCAACAGAAUUUUCCAGCAGAGAAUUUAACUGUUUCCUUCCAUCACUUCAGGAGGGUGCUACAUAAGUAUUUUCCGCCUGCAACCACCAACAUGUUAUCUCCCCUUCUUCCUUGUCCCUGGCCGGCUUGGGUGUAGCAAGCAGUGCCUUCUCCCCAUAAGGCACUGUGGAGCCUGCAGGAAAGGGUCAUCCCUUUCCUUUGAAAACAUAUAGCUAGAAGCUGAUUUUGUAACUUUUGUACAAUAACUACUUUCAUCUACAGUAUUGCACAUUUGUUAAGAUGACUGGUUCUCUUUAGAACUUUUUAAAAUAAAUAUUUUUCACCACCUGUA